AUGAUACCUACAGAGGCAUUCACUCAAAUUGAUGAGUUCUCCGAGCAGCAUGUCAUCAAGCCAGAUCCAGGACUUGAGGAAUGUAUGGAGCAAGCACGCGAAAAUGGCUUACCAGAUAUUAGCGUCAGUGCUAUCCAGGGUAAGUUCCUGAUGCUGCAAGCCAAGAUGAUGAAAGCCAAGAGGAUCCUCGAAAUCGGCACGUUAGCUGGCUACUCUAGUAUCUGGCUCGCCAAGGCUUUGCCGGAGGACGGUGAACUCAUCACGCUGGAAUCAAACGAGAAAUUCGCGGAGUUAUCACGUAAGAACAUCGCGAAUGCCAAACCGCACGCCAAAUUCGAAGUUAUUCAAGGUAAAGCACUCGAGACAUUGGAAAAACUCGAGGGCACAUUCGACAUGGUGUUUAUUGACGCUGAUAAGCCAAACUCCGCAAAUUAUCUCAAGAAAGCCGUCGAACUCACUAAGACAGGUAGUGUUAUUUAUGUUGAUAAUACAGUCAGGAACUAUGCUAUACUCCUUGAUGAACACACGAAAGAUCCAUAUGGUGUCGGAAUCAGAGCUGUUUAUCCUGCUCUUCAAACCUUGCAGGAUGAAGGCAAGAUUGAGGCUACAAACAUCCAGAUUGCAUCAAGCAAGGGCCACGACGGACUUGCUAUAGCACUUCGCCUUUAA